UCAGUACGCGAGUAGCUUUCACUGCGCACGCGCAUCUAUCACGCUGGUCCAAGAAAGUAUACCCAGAACGACAAUUUCCAAUUUCGGUGUUAUAAUGAAUGAACUUCUAUAAUGAGUUGUAUAUGAUAUAUGAAAUGUUUGUGUUGUAAAGUGUCCUAACAAUGAGUCGGUGGAAUUGGCACAAAUGGUUGUAUCUGUCGCUGUUGGGAUUGGCUUUGUCCGCUCGCACAAUUGGUUGCGAUUACAGCUCCGUCACCGAGAAAUUUGGAGCGGAAGCCGUUGCUCGGUGCAAUGAAAAAUGUCCAUUCCAGAAUCGUACAGGCGAAGGACAUUUCGACGUUAGUUGUGGUUCAGAUUGCAGUGUUCAACAAUGCAGACUCGGAUGCAAUCUUUGGUUGGAAGGCUUGGAAAAUUCCUGUCAGAUAGUAUGCAAUGUGACGUCAGAAGCAGUAUUCUCGAGGGAACUAUACUGCGUUAUGGGGUGCAAUGAAGCACUUAAUACUUACGUGCAAAAAGUUAGGGAUCUGUUAGGCACUCCGCCGGCGCCAGCCCUUGUAGCUGAUAGCCUGACUGCUACGUCUUUAUCUCUCGUGUGGGACGCUCCUAAUCUUGGAAAUCUUAGUUAUCUGGUUCAGUGGCGGUAUGAGGAACUGCCAGGCAGCUGGCAAUACUAUUCUAACUCCAGUCGCACUGAUAAAUCCAUAAUACACGUUGAAAAUCUGCGCCCCUAUACCAAAUACAGGUUCCGAGUAGCGAUUUUUCUAUCUAGUCACAGCGGUUCCGGAGAGCCGGUGUAUUCAACACCUUCCGUGGUCAUAUCAACACUUGAGAGUGGAAAACCAAGUUCAGCACCAUCGAGCCUAAGAGCCGCAGCUCCGGAUCCGAGCCGAGUGGCCAUUUCUUGGGAGCCAGGCCCAUUCCCCAACGGACCACUCAUAUCAUAUGUUUUAAGGCUUGGCGACACGCAGCCCAAUACGAACGAUGCGUUAGAAGACAUGCCAGCAUCAAACAACACGCUGUUCUAUAUGUUUCAAAACCUUGCUCCUGCUAGAGAAUAUGAAGUGUCCGUAGCGAUGAGAAACGCUGUCGGGGAGGGUCCGAGGGCCACCGUCAGGAUUAAAACGCCACCAUUACCAAUUUCUGUUCCAAGUCAACAACCGGUUCUCAUUUUGGGAGGAGAACAAAACAUUCUUGCGGCGCCUGCCAAUGAUAUGUUAUCGGAUCCAAUAGAACUUUAUAGCACAGAGCAUAAAAUAAAAGGUGUCGGAUUGGAUCUGUCGAGUGACUCCUUGUUCGUGUCAGUAUCAAAUGGUUUCGUCUACCGAAGCUCAUUAUUGCGAAAGAGUCACUCGGAAGCUAUUUUAAGAUCUGAAAAUAUAUUAGACAAGCCUCUCGAUCUGUCCGUGGACUGGCUCAAUAAACAUCUAUAUGUCCUCGCCGAAGUGAACUACAAUAAAGAAGCCUCAAACUGGUCUAACGCAAGUCUAUAUGCGAGUUGGAAGAUAUUGAGGUGUGACUUCGACGGGAGAAAUCAACUUGUUGCUUUAUCUGGGUUUAACUCUCGUCCAAUACAUUUCGAAGUAGAUUCUUAUAAUGGAUACCUCUUUUGGGCGUUACGUGGCGUGGAACGAGGUGGUCUGUAUCGAUUGGAUCUGGCGAAUAUUUCUAAUGGAGUAAGACAUAACGCGAAGCCGGAGCUCAUAGUGCGAGAUGCUCAUCUUGGCGCCUUUACAGUAGACCACGCUGAUUUUAGACUACUUGUUGCGCAUCUCAGACGUAAUACAGUACUAGCUGUUUCGUUGGAUGGGCGAGAAGUGACAGACUUUAGAAGUAACACGCAGACUCCAAUGUUUUCUUCUGCGCGAUCCAUAGCUUACGCUAAUGGACUGUUUUAUUGGACAAAUGGCGAAGAAAUGGUAUCAGAAGAAUAUCAUUCCCGAAGUGACAGUUAUUUUCACAACGAAUAUCCUUUAGCAUAUAACACAAAAACAAUUUCGGUGAGGCAAGUAUUGGUCGCUUUGAGAAGCUGUCAGCCGAUACCCGUUCCAGUGAACCCACCUUUAGGUGUCCAGAGUGUUAUGGGAAUAAAUCGUGCCAAAGUGUCAUGGUCUCCUCCACAUCUCCUGGGUCAUCAGGGGAUCGGAGCAUGGCAACAAUGGACGUUUCAUAUGCAACUCACAGAAACCAAGACAGGAAAAAUAACAAGGAUAGAAAAUAUCAACGAGUCAAUGUUUAUCGUUGAAAAUUUAAAGCAAGACACUGAAUAUAGCAUUCAAGUUGCGGCUGUAACAGAAUCAGGGUCAGGUCCGUGGUCUUCGGAGUUUGUUGGCAAAACAUUAACAUCGACCCCCGCUACUUUGCAAAGCACCUUGCUUUUGUCGGGCCCGGAUGGGCUUCUGCAAACAGAUCUGACAGGAGAUAACUUACAGACGCUCAUACACAGAGAUCACCUGGAAAACCUCCACAUAACUGACAUAUCAUGGUAUAGAGACAAGCUUUACUUGGUCACAAACGCUUCGACUGUGAUGUGGUAUAAUACGACGACCAAUGAACAUGGCAUGAUGCCGAACAUGGACAACGUGGGAAGUCUGGCUGUCGACUGGGUUGGCAAAAAGAUCUACUGGUCCAACCCAAAACAACAAUUGAUAACAAGAGGAAAUUUCGACGGAGGCAACCGUGAGCCCGUUCCUAUCGUGACGGUAGCGAAAGAGCUUACAAUAGAUUCGCUGGGCGCUUACAUUUAUUGGAAUACCGGGCACGCUGUGGAGGCCGCGAGGCUCAAUGGAGAAAAUAAAAUCAUAUAUUACCCAGCUCAGCUGUUCAGUGGAAAACAAGUCAUGGGUCUCACAGCAGACCUGAAAAAGAAGUGGUUGUAUUGGCUGGUCAGAAGCUACGACGGCUCUGAAUUGCAUCGUGCGCCAACAGCUGAUCAAAUAUCUCUCGGAAUCAGUGAGGUCUCGGGAUCUUUGGUCACUCGUCUGUCUGGAACAGCCACCCUCGGUCCUCUGUGUUACUUUAGCGGACGAUUAGUUUGGGUUCAGGACGCCUCCAGAGCCGUAGUUUCUGACCUCGCUGGAAAAUAUACGGCCGAGCUCAUUCCUAGGGUCCAUGUGAUCGCAGUUAGAGACCCCAACCUACAUAAAAAUAGCGAGUCCAUCAUCGCGAUACCGGAUACCAUAAACGCUUCCACCAUCGAUGUAAAAGGUGUCUGGGAUAAGUUCAAUGUGACGUGGAGGCCGGACGACCGCGUCAACGUCAACAAUGGCCGAGUCUAUUACGACGUCAGUCUGCAUUUUCACGGACACAACAAAAUUGAGAGAACUGUUGAAGUGCCGUGGCUGGAAGUACGGUCACGGUCGGUGCUGCCGUAUACGGUGGCGGAGGUGACGGUCCGCGCGCACACUCAGUGGGGCGGAGGCGCGGCCGCUAGGAGCGUCCUGCGGUCUCCACAGGCACCACCGACCGCGCCACUGAGACCUCGGCUGUAUGUGCAACGAACUACAAGCGACGGUCCAUUGACGGGCACGUUUAGGUGGGGAGCACCCAGUCCCACUAAUGGAGUAUUGCGAGGUUAUGAAGCCCAGUGCUGGACUCAGGGGACAGGGGGUGUACGCUCAGCCUGUGCUGACGCCCGCCUGUCACCCGUUCACACCCAGCUGAUGUUACGAGACUUGGAACCUGCUUCUAAAUAUUUCUUCAGAGUUCGCGCCUUCACUGAUGCUGGAUUUGGCCCAUAUACUGACACAGUUUACGCACCGUCCGAUGAAAUAAAUCCCAUUCCCCGAGUGAUGAUAUCGUCACAAGAAUCUAUACAAAUUGUAGACUUAGAUUCAGGAGAGAGUAGAAGAGUACCAAAGAGUACAGGCAUUCCAAUAGAUUUUGCAAUCAUCAUCGAAGAAAAUGUUGCAUAUUGGGUGAACAACUUGGAAGAAAUCUUCUCAUCCAAAAUCAAUAGUAGCGGGAACUACAAGUUGACAUCGAUUAACGGGAGUGCAAGUAGUAUCUGCGUAGAUUGGGUCAGUCGGUCAGUGUAUUGGACCCAACAAGAGAUAACGUCUACAGAUUCGUCUUACGUAAUGUACCGAGCCGACCUAGGAAUGCCGAACAAUCGUCCGCUCAUCACACGAAUACUGACUAGGAGGCAGCCAAUGUAUAGUUUACAGAUAGCUCCAAUGUUGCGAUCACUGUAUUGGUACGAAGACAGCAAUCACACGGGUUUAGGCAAUCUGUUCACCACAAAACUGGGUGGAUCUAACGUGACUCAUUUUUUCAACAAGCGUAAAGGUUGCAGUUGUCCCGACAGGCCACAAGUGGCGAGAAGCUUUGUCCUUGAUAUGACGAAUAACAAAACUAGUUUACUUUGGGUGGACCCUUGGAAAAAUAGAAUAUACGAAUCAGAUAUCCUUGGCUGUAACUGCAGCUUGGUCGUUGACGCUUCUGAAAAAAGGAAAUAUGGCUUUUUGCCUACAUCUAUAACUGUAGAUAGCAAAUAUGUGUAUUGGUAUAACUCGACGGAAAAAUUCAUAUUUUAUACGAAUAAAUUUAAAAUAAGUAAAAUAGAACAGGCCAAGGUUUCUUUGGGAUACAAGAUUAUGGCGUUGGAUCCAGGGAAACAACCUUAUCCGCCGACACAUUGCUUGCUUCCAAGCUCACAGAAACUCUUACCAAAAUUUAUAGGACAUUCAGCGAAUAGCAUAACCUUACAUUUACCUCAUAUAAGGAAACCCCACCACGAGGAUUGUAAAAACUUACAAUAUGAGUUACCAGCUACCGAGUAUACAAUUUUUUACCGAGCUCAAAUAAAAAACAUUAGUAUUGUCUGCGACAGAGAUUCAUGUCCUUAUUUGACAACUACCAGUACGGAAGUUGUACUCAACGAAUUGAAACCCUUCGCUAACUAUUCGGUGAUGAUCGAAGCCACUAACUAUUAUUCUAAACUUCACAAUGUACCGCCUGUUUACGGGAUGCCAUUAAUCGUACAAACUGCUGCAGAAGCUCCGACCGCUCCAAAGAACGUAACGGGAAUAGUUUUAAGCCCUGUUCUGGCUCGAGUUGAAUGGACUCCUGACCCUGGCCUGUGGUACGAGCUCCAUUGGAAAACGGAUGACUCCACAUCAUUACCGCGCCGGUCGAAAGAGCAUAUAUUCGAGAUGUCCCGCGGUCGGAGUGCCAACAUGACUGGUCUCUCUCCAUCCACGUCUUACACAGUAUGGGUUCGUGCCCACUCCCGACAUAGUGCAGUCACAGCGGACUCGACACCGCUGCGCCUGCGCACACGACCUGAACCAGCUCCACUUACUCUGCGCAAGGCUGAAGCGUACCGGCUAGCAGUAUCCUGGCCCCCACCCACAUCGUAUCCCUUGCACUCGUACGCUGUUGAAUACACCGAGGUGUCUCCAUCGAGUCAGGAGGAAUGGAAGCCAUGUGAGAGGAACAGUGAUGUGGAGUGGUCCGCGCCUGACCUGCAACCGGCUACGAGAUACCGCUUCCGAUUGCACCUGCAGUAUUUAAGUAACGCGCCUCCCUACUUCUGGCCGGAGGACGACAGAUUUACAUAUGAGACUAUUGGGGACGUGCCAGGAGCCCCGGGCGCGGUUCAUGUGGAGGCGGUCGGUGAGCGGGUGCUCCGUGUCUGGUGGACGGAGCCGGAGCCCCGCGGAGCCCCCGUCAUGGAAUACCGAGUGUGGGGACGACCACAGCUUAGAAUAAACGACGGCGAGGAAAGUGACACGAGAAACAUUAGUGAAAUGCUCAUGAAAAACUUUCAUCACAAUCUGGACAACGAAACGAAGUUGGCCGUCCUCAGAGAAGGUCUCGAACUACUUCACAACGGAUCACAGACGUACUGGUUGGUGGGCCCCGAGCGUAUAGCGGAGGGCGGGUGGUUGGCCCGCGUGCAGGCCCGCAACUCGUACGGUUGGGGAGCCCUUUCGACCGCCGCGAGGGUUUCCUGGGCCACGCCGGCGCUUCGCCCCCCGCGUACUAUACUAGCGCUUGUGCUGGGAGCGCUCGCCGCCAUAAUAAUAGUCGUCGCAGCUAUAGUAUUGUAUACAUACAAUCAUCGCAGUAAAAAGAAAACGGCGCUCGGUAAUCAACUAACUGCAAACAUUGUGCGGAGAGGUCCAGACGUCGAGCUCGCUACGUUACGACAGCUGCCCAUAAGACAUUCAAACAACAUAUUAUACAACCAGGGUGUCCUCUGUCCAUCUGACGCCGAGCUCACCAGCCUCCCUCACAUCCGACGUGAACAGAUCACACUCUCUAAAUUCUUGGGAUCGGGAGCUUUUGGGGAAGUUUUUGAAGGAGUCGCGCGAAAUAUAAAUAACGGCAACACUGACACCAAAGUAGCCGUUAAGACCCUGCGCAAAGGAGCGACGGAACAAGAAAAGACUGAAUUCUUAAAGGAAGCGGCUCUGAUGUCGAACUUCAAACACGAGCACAUCCUGCGCCUGCUCGGCGUGUGUCUGGACAACGACCCGCACUACAUAGUCAUGGAGCUGAUGGAGGGAGGGGAUCUGCUCAGUUACCUUCGGGCGAAACGUUCCUCGCUGUACACCCCGGAAUCCCUGACGCUACUGGAUCUCCUGAACAUGUGCGUGGAUGUGACGCGAGGGUGUCGUUACCUGGAGGAGAUGCACUUCGUCCACCGGGACCUCGCGUGUCGGAACUGUCUGGUGGCUAUGAGGGGCAAUACACGCAUCGUCAAGAUAGGAGACUUUGGACUCGCCAGGGACAUAUACAAGAAUGAUUACUAUAGAAAGGAAGGGGAAGGUCUUCUUCCGGUUCGUUGGAUGGCGGUGGAGUGUUUGGUAGACGGCGUGUUCUCCUGUCAGUCGGACGUGUGGGCGUGGGGAGUGCUGUGCUGGGAGGUGCUGUCUCUGGGCAGACAGCCGUACCCAGCUCGCACCAACCGACAGGUGCUGAGCUUCGUGCGAGCUGGAGGCACACCGGACCGACCGCCUAAUUGUCCCACGGUGUUCUACGAGCUCCUGCAAAAGUGCUGGAGUUAUUCUUCAGAGUCCAGGCCGUCGUUCCGCGAAUGCCUCCAGGUGGUGGUGGCCCUCAGAGACCGCACUCCACCGCGGGAACCUCUCGCCGCCACCCCACAUCCACCGCCACAACCACAUUACCUCACCUUGUUAGCUGACGAUGCCGUCGACAACCGUACGUACCUGCUGGACGAGAAUGACAACGCUUUAGACGAAGAAUCUCCGGAGCAAGAAAUGGAACCAUCGAAUCUGUUGCCGCGAACUAAAUAUUUAGAACUGAUGUACGACACGGAGUCCCCUUCGAACACACUGUGCGACGGCUAUGAAAAACCGCGGACGCCGUUUACGUACGCGCCAUUUUCUCGACACAGUAUAGUGGGCGUGGCGCCAAACAGACUCAUAAAGCCGCCAUUGUAUCGGACGCACUCGCUGCGUACAAACAGCCGACCUCCGAACGCCACAAUUAUACCUCUUCGGAACGGUAUCAUGAAGCGGGCUUCUAUAUGCGAUGGAAACUUCAGCGACCCUUACCCUGGCCCCUCAAGGCCGCCGAUAGAUUUCGACAAACACGUCUUCAAGACUCCAUUUUAAACUGUGAUAUUAGCCUUUUGUAAUUCCACCGACGAAUCGUUAUAUAAUAUUUAUUUAUGUUAAUAUUAAAUGUAAAUACGUGGAUCUAUCGUUGUACAUAAUAGAAUAAGAGUGUAGAUGUUUGUAGAUGGACGGUUGUAGAGAAAUUGGGUACAAAAUAAAAACUAUUUCGCUUAAUAGUUAUGCAUUUAUUGAACGCUAGAACACAAUGUGUAGAGUUCUAGAAUAUUCUAUAAUAAAAAAAAACCUUACAUAUCAAUA